CCCUCCCCCCCUUCACCCCGAUCCACCCUCCCCAGCGCAUCCCGACGCCACCCACGCCGAGUGGAAACGCGGUCUGGAGGCGUCAAGGUCCCGCGGGGGACACCCACCCGUCCAAAAACUGGGAGAGCAGUAACUUGAAACCAGUCAGGAGCCUAAGUGGGGCAGCAGCAGCAGCAGGACCACCCAAGGAACUGGGGGAAAAAAGUAACAGCUGAGGGGAGAAGAUCACCAAUCCAUAACUGGGAGCCAGUAAACGGACUGGGAGCUCGCCCCACCACCGGCGGCGGCAGAGCUGGGGGGGGCACCCAGCCCAUGGAGCCGCCCGGGUCUGGUGCGGGGGGUGCCGCCUUGCUCACUGUUAUGGAUCCCUCAGUCACUCUGUGGCAGUUCCUCCUGCAGCUGCUGGAGCAGCAGAGCAACGGGCAUCUCAUUGCGUGGACCUCCAAUGAUGGGGAGUUCAAGUUGGUUGACGCUGAAGAGGUAGCACGGCUCUGGGGGCUGCGGAAGAACAAGACCAACAUGAACUAUGACAAGCUGAGUCGGGCCCUGCGUUACUACUAUGACAAGAAUAUCAUCCGAAAAGUCAGUGGGCAGAAAUUCGUCUACAAAUUUGUAUCUUACCCGGACCUUUCCAGCAUGGAGGGUGUGAAGGAGGAGGGAGGAACCAAAAGACCAGAACAGGUCCAGAGUGAAGCCAAAGUGGGUGAUGGGUCAUUUGGACCAUCCAAAGUCCCACGUGGAGGUGGGGGUGCCCCACGCAGCAGCCGAAAUGAAUAUAUGCGCUCUGGGCUCUACUCCACUUUCACCAUUCAGUCUCUGCAAGCUCCUUCGCCCGCUGGACGGGCCUCCCGCCAUGAGAUGGAGCUCUUGCCUCUAGGGCCACCCCCUGCUGCCGCUGACCCUAAACCUCCACCCCCUUCUCUGGCCCCAGUGGAGGAUCUACCACAGUUGCACAUCAGCAUUGAGGAACCAGAAGAGUCUCAGGAACCCCUGCAGGUCAUAAUUGAGCCCAGCCCAUCGGAAGCCCCACCACUCGAUGAGAAGGUGCUGGUGAAAGUAGAGGAGAGCCUUGACCUGGAGGAAGAAGCAGCUGCUCUCUUAGUUUUGAUGGAUGCUGGAGUGAAAGAGGAGGCCUCUCUGGAGAAGGUGUCUUUGGCAGCUGAGUUGCCAGAGGAGGGGGGUGGUCUGGUGAAAGAGGAAGCUCUGUCCCCCAGCCCUGCAAUCGUGUCUCUUGAGGGACAGCCCCAAAAGGGCAAGAAGCCCAAGGUCCUGGAGCUACCUUCAUUGCCGACCCAGGAGAAAGUGAAUGCAGCUGUGAACAGUCUCCUGGCACCUGGAGCGACGGGGAGUACCCUGACUCCGACCACAGUUAUUUCUUCCCAUGCACUGACCCCAGUUCUGCUCACCCCGAGUUCCCUGCCACCCACCAUCCAUUUCUGGAGCACUCUGAGCCCCAUCGCACCUCGCAGCCCAGCCAAGCUCUCAUUCCAGUUUCCCAGCAAUUCUAGCUCACAAAUUCAUAUCCCCUCACUCAGCGUGGAUGGACUCUCCACCCCUGUAGUCCUAUCUCCUGGCCCCCAGAAGCCAUAGCUUUUCGAUUCAGCAUCGCUGUGUCUUGUACUCCUGCCAAAGAACUGGUUUGAGUUUCUUUCUAAGCAACUGGGAUUACUUCUCUGGCUAGACAGCUAUGUCUCUUCGCUGAUUGGAGGAUCCCUUUGUUGAGCCAAGGACCAAUGAUCUGCUUGAAGGGUGGAAAUGGUGUAGCAAACAGAUUCAUCCAUUAGCCUUGGAUGGGGCGGGAUAUUCCUUUGAAACCAAAUGAUGUCUCCCUAAUGCCAAGAAGUUGGUGUGCUGCACUUACCUGCUUCUGAAAAGUUCAGUGUGAACCCUCAAUUACCUCUUUGGGGGCAGAAAAGACAUAACCUCACUUACUUGGCCCCCCUCUCCGAUUAAGGGUUUGUCCAUAUCUACCUUUAAUAUGGCAGUAUGGGUUUCCCUUGUACCUUCUUUCUCGGUAUACUAUCUCUUAAAGGAGAUGGGCUUAGGUGAUGGUCUAAAAUCAAGAAGGCGACAUAUAUCCUUCCAUCCUGCAAGGUAAAUCAAGCACCUCAUCUCAUCACAUCUCUCUGUCCUUGCCUAAGAGAGCCUUGGCUUUAAGUUAGGCUAUUAAAGGUAUAGACCCUGCCAGCAAUGUUCAUUUGAGCUGUAUUGUAGGGGUCAGAAGCAGCAUCAGCCAUAUUUGUUUGGACUGUGUGGUGAUUUCAGCUGUGGAUGGACAAUGAUUAGUGUAUUGGUAUGCAAGCCAUAUUUGUCUGGGCAGGAUAAAUAGACUUUCAGCCAUGUUUGGUUUUGCCUGGAUGCAAGUAAGAAUGGCAGGGUUGGCCAUAUCUGUUGUGGCUGAAUGAAGAAGAGGAAACCCUGUUGAUCAUGUUUCUUCAGGCUUCGUGAAAGAGGGUAUUGGCACAGAGGUCAUUAUUUGAUUUGACUUGGCAUGAUACAGAAAAAGAAUGGCAUGUGUUUGCUGGUCAGCUGAGUAAGAGGAAGCGCUGCCAGUCAUAUUCUCUUUUGCCAGAUAAGGUAGCAGUGUCAGCUAUUUUGUUUUGGCUAAACAAUAUUGACCAUGAGGCCUUUGGUUCACUGAGGUAGUGGAUGUUUCUGGCAUUUAUUUCAGAUGUCAGAUGUUCCAUUUGACAAGACUGCAACUGAGGAAGCCCUGUUUUUGUCAUUUCCCCCCUAUUGAUGCACUUCCUAAAGGUUAAAGGUCACCAGAUUGUCAGUGUGGAGACCAGAGAAUGGAAAUCCCACCUACUUUUUUAAAGGGAACUUUCUCUUGACAGAAUGGUUUCCUUAAUUUAUUUCCUGACGGCAAAGGUCACCACAGAAAUGACCAAACAGGAAGUCUUAACCUUCUCACCUUGUGACUCUUUUUCUUAUGGCUUCAUUUCUCUCCUCACUGGAGAAAGGGCCAGUGCUGGCCAUCUUGUGGAGCAAUUUGAUUUGCUGAUUAGUCACUAAGAGUAAGUCCCACUUCACAUACCUCUUCACUUUCUUCCAAUUCUUGAGUCACCCUGGAAGCAGCAAUGACAAAUUCCCACCUUAUAUCAUGUUCCUUUCCUGCAACCAAAAGGGGGGGGGGAGGAAUGAAAAGGAAGUCUUGCCUCUUUCUACAGCUUCUUGCUUCCUUCCAGAUGCAUCAUCAGGGAAUUUGUGACUCUUUACAAAAGGGCUCUGUCUCUUUAUAAGGUGGGCUUUUAACUCUGAUCUUCAGAUUAUGGAAACUUCAUCACUUGUUGAUUGUGGUUUUUGUGGGGUUUCCUCAUAAGUAUUUGUUAAUUAUGCUGAGGAGAUGCCAUUUCAGAAAUAUCAUAUGAUUCUUAAUCAGGAUUCUUGGCGCCUUCUAUUUUUUCACAGAAUAUAUAUAUAGACAGAUCAAAAUUUUAUCUAUUACCAAGGGAGUCAUACUGAAAGAAAAGUACAUGGUUUAAAACUAUAUUUAUCUUUUUGUCCGUCCAUUUUUGAUAUCUAUUUUUAAACUAGGGGUGGGGGAAAUCAGGAUUUAUUUUAAAGCGAGAUGGGAAAGGAAAGCACUUGGCUCCCCAGUUGUGUGUGUCUUUAAGUGGGCAAAAGACUAUAAGGCAUGUUUUCAAAUUGUUCCCGGAAAGUUUCCUCGAUUAGAAGUUCAGUAACGGUGGACAAGCUUUAACCAUUACUGCUAUUCUAUUAUAACUGCAGCUGCAGGGAAGUGUUUGGAAUGUUCUAGGGCGCAUACUCAGAGCCUGUUCAGAUGUACUGAGUGAGUGCUCUCUAAAACAUGCCCUGGAACCCUCUGGAACAUUCAGGGACUUGGUAGCAGAUGCUCAGCAUUUCUUCGGCAGACAAAUUGUUGUGGGAAGGGCUCCCUGAAUGUAGAACAACUUGAAAACCACUAUUUAAGAGGAUUAAAGGAAAUAUUUAAUGGGGCCAAGCUGUAAACUCAAGUCACACAAGAUGUACUGAUUAAGGAUGACUUCAUCAAAAUGUAGUAUGUAUGGUAUCUGAGGGCUAAGCUAGAGCAAUGGCAUGAAAUCCAUGUAUUUAAACAUGGAGCUGCCACAUGUCCCAUUGAAACCAGAGGGUGGGAGGUAGCUGAAAAAAUAAAAGGGUUAUGUGGAUGUCUUGCCUUGGACUGCCUUCAAGUCAGUUCUGACAUAUGGCGACCCUAUGAAUAGGGUUUUCACAGUAAGUGGUAUUCGGAGGGGGUUUACCAUUGCCUCCCUCUGAGGCUGAGAGGCAGUGACUGGCCCAAGGUCACCCAGUGAGCUUCAUGGCUGUGUGGGGAUACAAACCCUGGUCUCCCAGGUCGUAUUCCAGGAGCCCCAAAUCCUCCCCAACACACAGAUAAUCUCCUUGUUCUCUCAGGUGAUUUUUCCACCAGCAGGGAUCCCAUACGGGAAGUGAGUCCAGCUGUGAGAAAAUUGCCUUGGGGAACAGACUAUGGGAGGAAAGCUAUAAACUGGGGGAGGGGGGGAGUUAGCACCCCACACAUCUGCCUCUCUUGCUCUUGUCCAGUUUGGCCUUUAUUUACUUACACCCAGUUGUAAUUUUAGAAGUAAUUAAGAUCUACAAGCUUCAUCCUUUCAGCUCUUUUGUAGCUGAUGUAGUAAAUCUGCUCUUGCUACUACAUGAUACGAAGCCAGAUGAAAUGGAUUUACAGUAGCAAGAGACAAUAGAGACUGAGUGAUAAGACACAAGAGUUGGCCCAGCAGCACUGUAAAUGGCAGCUUUAAAAGAAAGAUAUGGUUCCUUUUAAUCAUUCCUUUGUGUAGCAUUUAAUAGUAAUAAUGAUUAUACUUUUUUGCACUUCCAUAUUGCCUCCCGCUGCGAGAAAUCUAAGUGCUUUACAAGGGGUGGUUUACAGAUUUAUUUAAUAAAUUAGGCACUUUCUGUAAACAGCAAUCUGUUAAUCAAUCAGGUACAAACCAUGAGUGUUAACUAUGGACAAACCAUGUGUAAAUCAUGUGUGAUUUGUGUAUAAAGUAAGCUGUGCUUUAGAGCAACGGUGAGUACACCAUGCAUAAGCCAUGAGUAUAUAAUAGCAAAAUAUGUGGGGAACAAGAAUACAUUAUGACUGAGCCCAGUGUAUACAAGCGGCUGCCGUAUAAGCCACCGGCAAAGCACAAGCCAGAGAAGAGUGAAUUAUGGCAAGGCAUUGUGUAACCCACUAGUGUAUCAUGAGUAAGUAUUUGUAAACAGUGAACUUGUAAUGUAAUUUCAUGAAUAACCUGUGGUUUAGCUUUAGCCAUCCAACAUGCAAACCACAGGUAAGCCAUGGGUAAACAUUCGGUAAAAUGCAAAUAUUGUUUUAUGUAAACUGUAAGUGAAAUAUGGUUACACUUUGAGUACACCAUAUGCAAACUAUGAGUAGGUUGUGUAAGCCAUGGCUGACCUAUGGUCAAGCCAUGUGGGAGCCUACACAAUACUUAGAACUAUCUGAGCCUGGCUUUCUCAGAUCGUUGGCUCUCCAUAUUGAGUCUCUCUCUCUCUCGUGCAGGUGCCAUUGGGCUUGUCCCAGUUUUAUUGAGAGCACCCAGCAGAGUAGCUUUAUAAAUUUUUUGCCUAGGACAAAUGGCCUCUUUGGCACUCUCCAUCCUGGAGCUCUGUCUUCAGGGUUAAUUGUUUGAAAGUCCCUGGGGGACUUAGGAGAGUGCGGCUCCAAGGAGCCAUAGAAUGGCACUGCAGUCCUAUGCCAGUUUUGUUUCCCUUGCUCCCUUCAACCUGUGCAGCUUUCAAAAACUUUGUGCUAGAGUAAAACAAUUUUUGUAGCCAUAUCUUAGUACUGACCCAUGUGACAAAAGGGAUCCCUUGUGUGGUGGCAUGUUCAAGGGGUAACUGCAAAAGGACUAUGGAACAUGAUACUGCAGCAAAUCAUAGUCUUUCCUUUUCAUGCUCAGUUAGUUUGUAAGUGGAGAGGAAUUCUGUGAGAUCAACGGGUCUGAAUUCUUUUGUAGCUCAAACAUCCAACACUCUAUAGUGUUUAGUUUUUUAAAACAUUUGGGCAAUGUUCUACUUGGAAGUAAAUUUUGUUUCAAUCAAGAGCCUUGUACAAGUUGCAGCCUGAUCCUAUGUGGAGCUAAGUGUGCUUAAGCCCAUUGAAAUCAAUAGGGUACAGUAUUCUUCAUGGUAUUGGGCUACUUAUGUGCAUUCGAGAAGAACUCCACUGAGCUUGGAAUCCUUUCAUGCCAACAAUGAAAAUGAGGAGCCAGAACCUUAUUGCCUCCUUUCUCCGUCUCAGUUAAGGUCCGAAUCUUCCACAUAUUGCUUUCCUCACAUCUUCCAAACCAACUGCUCCUUUGAUGUUUCUUUUACAUUCUUGGAAUAUAACAACAAUAAAAUGCUUGGAAGUGGCUGAUAUAUAUAUAUUAAAAGGCUAGAGCCACAUCUGCACCAUACAUUUAUAGCAUUCUUAUACCACUUUAAACUGUCACGGCUUCCCCCAAAGAAUCCUCGGAACUGUAGUUCAUUCAGGGUGCCAAGAAUUGUUAGGCAACCCAUAUUUCCCCUCACAGAGUUACAGUUCCCAGAAUGUCCUGGGAAGAGAGAUUGAUUGUUAAAACACUCUGGCAAUUGUAGUCCCGUGAGGGGAAUAGGGGUCUGCUAACAACUCUCAGCACCUUAAACAAAUUAGUGGCUCCAGGAUUCUUUGGACUAAGCCAUGACUGCUAAUGUGGUAUAAUAGUGCUUUCAAUGUAAGAUGUGGCCUAGGUAAAAUCUCCCCAUCACACUUAUUAUAUAGAGAGAAGGUGGAAAACUGCAGUCCUUUCCCCAUUCUUAACACCAACAAGUGAAGAAGGUGGCUUAAUUUCACUGAUCAUCACAAUAUUUUAGAAAAUUGUUAAUAAACAUAAUGACUGGCAAAUUUCAAAGCUAAGUCUGUAAGCCAUUGUGUCUGUUGAAAUAAGUUGGAUCUGACCUCUGACAGCAGAGGGCCAAGUCUACACAAUUAAAAUAAUCAAGUGGAAAAAAUAAAGUUGCAGUGCUUAAAACCUUUCCUGGUUGUGACUAAUAAACUGAACUGAACUAAAUGAAGAGCCUUGUGGCACAGUAAAGGCUUUCAGCUUUAUUGCAACAUAAACUUUUGUGGACUAGAGUCACUGAAGGCAUCUAAUGAAGUGAGAUCCAGUCAAUGAAAGCUUAUGUUGCAAUAAAUCUGCUCACAUUAAGGUGCCUAGAGACUUUUUGCUGCAACAAACUUUCCCUUUGAAAGAAUCAAGCAUUUUCCUGAUAUGUACAUCUUUAGGCUGCUGUCCAUGUAUAUACAUACGUGUGAAUCUUGUUCUCCCCCUGAAACAAACUCUGAGGAUGGCUGCAAGAAAGCUAGUCUCAAACUUUCUCCCUGACAUGGUCUAUGUCUGUAUUUAGGGAAGUUUCGUGGGGGAAGCAUUCACAUAAUAUACUAUUCCCCUGUGAAAGGGUACAAGUCUGGAAAAGCUUUACCAUUUUAUUCUGCUGAACAUAUAAAGUGAUAUCAUAAUGCUAUAGAUACUCUAUUAUUUCAUUUAUUUCCUGCCCCUAUCCUGGAGGCUCAGGGUAUGAGCAGCUCUGAAAGGUACCCUUGCUGUUUGGGCUUGGUGAUGCCUUUUCAAGAGGCUGCUCUCAAUUGAUCUUGAAAGGAAGGAACACAAGGGAGGUGAUGACCUUUGAAGUAUGUAGGGCAGGAGUGGGGAACCUUUGGCCCUCCAGAUAUUGCUGAACUAUGACUCUCAUCAGCCUCAGCAAGUAUGAUGGGAGUUGUAGUUCAGUAACAUCUAGAGGGCCAAGGGUUCCCCACAUCUGAAUUGAUUUUAUAUCACCAUUUUAUGAUGAGGAAGGUGGUUGCCCUGUCAUUCUGCAAAGCUUUGUUAAGAUAUAAGAUUGCAUCUUUAGAUUUAUGUUUGGCAACAUCCAGAAGAAUUUAUUCUAAAUCUGAACAAACAGAGACAUGUGCCCAAGAAAGCUUCAGCAGGAUAGGAGAAUAUGGUGAUUUCCCUCUUUUAAAAGCUUGUAUUAGUUUAACCUGAACUUCAUAUUACAUCCAAACCUAAUGUUACCCGUUAUACCACACUGGCUCCAAAGUUAGGGACUUUGCAUCAUUCGUUCCAAAAGUAUCCCAUCCAUUUUAUAGCAAGGGAGGCUACUGCAGUACCUAGCACAUGUCUAGGAAAGGGAGUGUCAUUUUUGCCUUCCUCACUUGAACAUGCUUCCCUUUGUAUUUGGGGACUCUGCCAAAUUUGUUGGGUCUGUGCUGUUCAGGAUUUCUCUUUCUAUCUCAGUGGCACUUUGGGUCCUACAGAGUGCCAAUGUGGCAGGGAUUGGUUGUGACAUAUGGGAAGAACAGGGCAAAAUCCAGGGAUUCAGCUCUUUUGUCUGAAGUAGGUAUCUACUGGGAUCCUGCCCCUCAUAAGGGGGGCUCCUGCAACUUGCUGAAGAUCUACUGUAGUUUCCUCUUCCCUGAUAUUCAUUGUUGACCUGGUCUUGCUCCCUGAGCCAGGGGUGAUGGGGAAUCUGCUCCUCUCUGGUUACCUCUGCACUGGGGCUUGGAU